GGCCAUCAUGAGCCUCUGGGUGGACAAGUACCGGCCCUGCUCCCUGGCGCGGCUGGACUACCACAAGGAGCAGGCGGCCCAGCUGCGCAACCUGGUGCAAUGUGGAGACUUUCCUCACCUACUGGUGUAUGGGCCGUCGGGAGCGGGGAAGAAGACCAGAAUCAUGUGUCUGCUCCGGGAACUGUAUGGCGUAGGGGUGGAGAAGCUGAGAAUUGAACAUCAGACCAUCACGACGCCGUCGAAAAAGAAAAUAGAAAUCAGCACCAUUGCCAGCAACUAUCACCUCGAAGUGAACCCUAGCGAUGCGGGGAACAGUGAUCGCGUGGUGAUCCAGGAGAUGCUGAAGACGGUGGCACAGGCACAGCAGCUGGAAACCAGCUCGCAGCGCACUUUCAAAGUGGUCUUGCUGACGGAGGUGGACAAGCUCACCAAGGACGCGCAGCACGCCCUGCGGCGCACCAUGGAGAAGUACAUGUCCACCUGCCGCCUGGUGCUGUGCUGCAACUCCACGUCCAAGGUGAUCCCGCCCAUCCGCAGCCGCUGCCUGGCCGUGCGCGUGCCCGCCCCCAGCGUCCACGAGAUUUGCCAGGUGCUGUCUGCGGUGUGCAAGAAGGAGGGGCUGGUGCUGCCCCCACAGCUGGCUCACAGGCUGGCCGAGAAGUCCCGCCGGAACCUGCGCAAGGCGCUCCUCAUGUGCGAGGCCUGCCGCGUGCAGCAGUACCCAUUCACUGCGGACCAGGACAUCCCCGAGGCCGACUGGGAGGUGUACCUGAGAGAGACGGCCAAUGCCAUCGUCAGCCAGCAGAGUCCGCAGAGGCUCCUGGAAGUCCGGGGCCGGCUCUACGAGCUGCUCACCCACUGCAUUCCUCCCGAGAUCAUCAUGAAGGGCCUGCUGUCCGAGCUCCUGCACAACUGUGACGGGCAGCUGAAAGGCCAGGUGGCCCAGAUGGCUGCCCACUACGAGCACCGCCUGCAGCUGGGCAGCAAGGCCGUCUACCACCUGGAGGCCUUUGUGGCCAGGUUCAUGGCGCUGUACAAGAAGUUCAUGGAGGACGGCCUGGAGGGCAUGGCCUUCUGACCCCGGUGGGCUGCUGCGGGCCAAUAAACGGACGUGGCGGA